CCGUAUAUUAAGUGGAGGUCGCAUUUUAAAGCCCACUGUCAUCCAUUCAUAUAUAUAAAUUUAAAAAAAGAUACAAAAACUUAGAACAAAUCAGCUGUUAAACCAUAACAAUAGCUCAAAACAAUUUAGCAUAAGAAUAACAAACAGUGUUAUGAAUUAAACAUGACAUAAAGUUUGACCUUAAGCAAUUGUCAUACAUAUAACAUACGGUCGUCAUCGUUGGGCAACAACACAAAGUGAAAGUUGGAAAGUGGAGUCAUGCAGAAAAUAUUGUUAAUAAGUGGAAAACGAAAAUGCGGCAAAGAUUUCAUAUCCGAAAGGCUACUAAAACGGUUGAGCAAUCGGGCCAUCAUUGUGCGAAUUUCGGAACCCAUUAAACGAGAAUGGGCAAACAAACUGCAGCUGGACAUGAGCGCCAUGCUGAGCGAUGGACCGUACAAGGAGCAAUAUAGACGUGACAUGAUAGUCUGGAGCGAUGAAGUGCGACAGCAGGAUUACGGUUUCUUUUGUCAUGCCGCAAUGACGCAAGUCUCGCUAGACCAAUACGACUACGUCAUAGUCAGUGACAUACGUCGCAAGAAUGACAUACGCUGGUUUCAAGAAACAUACGGACAAGCAGCAGUACAAACAAUACGCCUUACUUCACAGCCAGAGACGCGCAAGGCUCGGGGCUGGCUUUUUACGCCGGGCAUUGACGACGUGCCUUCUGAAUGUGAUUUGGAUGAUGGCGUCUUUGACUACGAGUUGACCAACGACGAUGAGCAGGUUACUGGUGAGCAGCUCGUCGACCGACUGCUGACAAUGCUGAAGAUAAGCUGAUUAUUAAAAUGAACUUAGGCUGAUAUAAUGGUG